GGGAGGAGAUCAGGAGACCUGAGUUGUUUGAUACUUUCCUUUUUUCAUUUGUUAGUUAUUGAAAUCAUAGACAAAUAACCCAACAUCUAUGAGCCUAUACUUCCUCUGCAAAAUUGAGGAAAUAAUUAUUGUAGAGAGGAUCGGGAUUGGGACAAGACUCAAACUCAGGUCUCUUCCUGACUUCAAGUCCAACCCCUUAUUCAUUUCCCUAGCUGAAGCAGCCAGGUGGUGCAAUGACCCUGGGCAAAUCAAUUCACUUCUUUGCCUCAGUUUUCUUAUCUGAAAAAUGGAGAUAAGAAUAGCACCUACUAUCUCCCAGGGAAAUCUUGAAGGAUAAAAUGCAGUAUUUGUAAAGUGCUUCUAUAAUAACUGCUAGAUAAUAUUAUACUCCUACCUACUUUGCAGGUAGUUGCAAGAAAAGUAGUUUAUAAAUGUUUUAUUCUGUGUGAAUGGAUGUGAUGGAAUCCUUGAUUAAAUGAACCUUGGAGAUGAUCCUUGAGUUUAGCUGCUUCCUGAGCCCUGGUAAUUUGUUGAUCAAAUGAGAUAAUAUAUGUAAAGUGCUUCACAAACCUUUAGGCUCUAGGUGAACUCUUACUAUUAUUUUGAUUAUUUCAAUUAUUCAUGGAAAGUCAGUGAUAUUCAGGUGAUCUCCUGGUUAGUGAAAAGAGAGAAUCAAAUCAGGCUCCCGGCUUCUGCUCACCUCUUCAGACCAGAGCGGGGAGGCAGCUAAGAAGAUGGUGCUGCUGGCUCCUUAAACACAUGAACCAUUUGUACGGCAUGCCCAGGCCACCAGCUGGGCCUCUGGGCAAGCUGGCCAUUGUUUGGUGACAUCAUCUCCAGGCAUAGGCGGCUCCUUUGCAGAUGGUCUGACUAUUCAAGCCAAGAUUUUCCCCAGAGAUUUUGUCCAGAGCAAACCACCUAUUUACGGGGCACCCUAGACCGUCCAGAGGGUCCAAACUUCUCUCCACUGUUCUCAUCUCCAUGGACCCCAGAGGACACAAAGCAUUAAACAUUUUGUUCAAGUGCCUGCCACUGAGGAUUCAAAAACCAAACAAUAUCCAACCUGUAGGAAUUUAGGGAAGAAACAACCCAGACACAGAGAAAUGCAAACUAUAGACAAAGUCAAUGAAUGUAAAUCGAAGGAAAGGCAUUAGCAGCUGAGCAGACCAGGAUAGGUAUCAAGCAGGAAGCUAUCACUUGAAUCAAGACUUAAGGAAGCUAGGCUUUCAAAGAUGCCCAAGAUAGGAGAGAGGGCAUAGUAGGAGAGAGGGCAUUCCAGGCAGGAGGGACAGCCAGUACAGAGCAUCAAGCCUGGAGAUGGGAUGCCAUAUGCAGGAAAUAUCAAGGAAGCCAGUUUGGCCACCACUAGAGAGGUCCUGAAGGAGAAUAACGAGUAAGCCUGGAAAGGUCCUUGUCCUUUGGUCCCAACACCCUCUCUCUUCUGGGCUAAGAUUUGCUGCACUCCGCUCUCCAGGUCCCUCCUUCUCAGACUGACCAUGGGGAUCCCUGAGCAGCUGCUGAUGGCAUCCUUAGCCGUGCUCUCUUUUUCAGCUUGGAAUCCAGCCCAGGGCUCUCCUACCAUCUUUGGGCCUAUCUUUGAGGACCAGCCUGUCAGCUCCUUGUUCCCUGAAGAGUCAUCAGAAGAGAAGAUAGCACUGGCCUGCCGUGCCCGGGCAAGUCCUCCAGCUACAUACAGGUGGAAGAUGAAUGGUACUGAGAUGAAGCUGGAGCAGGAUCCCCACUACCAGCUGGUUGGAGGCAAUCUGGUCAUCAUGAACCCCACCAAAGCCAAGGAUGCUGGUGUGUACCAGUGCCUGGCCUCCAACCCAGUAGGCACAGUGGUCAGCAGAGAAGCUGUGCUCCGCUUUGGCUUUUUGCAGGAAUUCUCCAAGGAAGAAAGAGAUCCUGUGAAAACCCAUGAGGGCUGGGGAGUGAUGUUGCCCUGCAAUCCACCUGCCCACUACCCAGGUCUGUCCUACCGCUGGCUUCUCAAUGAAUUCCCCAAUUUCAUCCCUACUGAUGGGCGGCACUUUGUGUCCCAGACAACGGGAAACCUGUACAUCGCCAGGACAAAUGCCUCUGACCUGGGCAACUACUCCUGCCUGGCCACCAGCCACAUGGACUUCAUAACCAAGAGUGUCUUUAGCAAGUUUGCCCAACUCAACCUGGCUGCAGAAGACUCCCGUCCAUCUCCACCCAGCAUCAAGGCCAGAUUCCCCUUGGAGACCUAUGCACUGGUUGGACAGCAGGUCACCCUGGAGUGCUUUGCUUUUGGGAACCCUGUCCCUCGAAUCAAAUGGAGAAAAAUGGAUGACUCAUUGCCCCCACAAUGGGCCACUGCUGAGCCCACACUGCAGAUCCCCAGCAUCAGCUUUGAGGAUGAAGGCACCUACGAGUGUGAAGCAGAGAACAUCAAAGGACGGGACAUUGCCAAGGGCCGAAUCAUUGUGCAGGCUAAACCCGAGUGGCUCAAGGUAAUCUCAGACAGCGAGGCUGACAUUGGCUCCAAUCUGCACUGGGGCUGUGCAGCUGCUGGCAAGCCUAGGCCCAUAGUUCGGUGGCUCCGGAAUGGGGAUCCCCUGCUCUCCCAGAACCGUGUGGAGAUUUCUGGUGGGGACUUGAAAUUCUCCAAGCUGGUCCUGGAAGAUUCUGGCAUGUACCAGUGUGUGGCAGAAAACAAGCAUGGUACCAUCUAUGCCAGUGCAGAACUAGCAGUACAAGCUUUUGCUCCUGAUUUCCGGCUGAAUCCAGUAAAGCGUUUGAUCCCAGCUGCUCGAGGAGGAGAAGUCAUCAUUCCAUGCCAGCCCAGGUCAGCUCCAAAGUCCAUUGUGCUCUGGAGCAAAGGGACUGAAAUCUUAGUCAACAGCAGCAGAGUGACCAUUACCCCAGAUGGUACUUUGAUCCUUCGGAACAUCAGUCGGUCAGAUGAAGGGAAAUAUACCUGCUUUGCAGAGAACUUCAUGGGCAAAGCCAACAGCACUGGCAUCCUCUCUGUCCGAGAUGCCACCAAGAUCACCUUGGCACCAUCCAGCGCUGACAUCAAUCUGGGUGAGAACCUGACUCUGCAGUGCCAUGCCUCCCACGACCCUACCAUGGACCUCACCUUCACCUGGUCCCUAGACGGCUUCCCCAUUGACUUUGAUAAGUCUGGUGGCCACUACCGGAGAGCCAACUUGAAGGAGACAAUAGGAGACCUGACAAUUCUGAAUGCCCAGCUGCGCCAUGGAGGGAAGUAUACGUGUAUGGCCCAGACCGUGGUAGACAGCACAUCAGAGACAGCCACCCUCCUAGUCCGAGGUCCUCCAGGUCCUCCUGGUGGAGUGGUGGUGAGGGACAUCAGCAACACCACUGUGCAGCUUACUUGGAGCCGGGGCUUUGACAACCACAGCCCGAUCGCCAAGUAUAUCCUCCAAGCUCGAUCCCUGCCUGAUGGGAAGUGGAAACAAGUCCGAACCAAUCCUGCUAAUAUUGAGGGAAAUGCAGAGACUGCCCAGGUGCUGGGCCUCACCCCCUGGAUGGACUAUGAAUUCCGGGUCCUUGCUAGCAACAUCCUAGGCACAGGGGAGCCCAGUGGACCCUCUAGUAAAAUCCGGACCAAGGAAUCAGCCCCCACAAUAGCACCCUCAGGACUCAGUGGAGGAGGCGGUGCCCCUGGAGAACUCAUUAUUAACUGGAAGCCCAUGUUGCGAGAAUACCAGAAUGGAGAAGGCUUCGGCUACAUACUGUCCUUCCGCAGGCAGGGCAGCUCAGACUGGCAGAGGGCCAAGGUCUCCCAGGCUGAUGCCCUGCACUUUGUUUAUCGUAAUGAAAGUGUCCGGCCUUACACACCUUUUGAAGUCAAGAUCCGGGGAUACAACCGCCAAGGAGAGGGGCCUGAGAGCCUCACCACCCUAGUAUACUCUGCUGAGGAAGAGCCCAGGGUGGCCCCAGCUAAAGUCAAAGCCAAGGGGACUUUGUCCUCAGAGAUGAAUGUGAUGUGGGAGCCAGUACACCAGGACGACAUGAAUGGGAUCCUCCUAGGGUAUGAGAUUCGGUACUGGAAAGACGGGGAUAAAGAGGCAGCAGCAGACCGAGUGAGGACAGCAGGAUUGGAUACCAGUGCCCAGGUCACUGGCCUGCAACCUAAUACCAAGUACCAUGUGACAGUCCGAGCCUACAACAGGGCAGGCACUGGGCCUGCCAGUCCCUCCACCAAUGCCACCACCAUGAAACCCCCUCCCAAUCGGCCUCCAGGGAACAUCUCCUGGACCCUCGCCAGUUCCAGCCUCAUCAUUAAGUGGGACCCUGUCAUACCUCAACGAAAUGAGUCUGCAGUCACUGGCUACAAGAUGCUGUACCGGAAUGACUUGCACUCGGUCCCCACGCUCCAUUUGUCCAACAAGAACUGGAUUGAGAUCUCUGUCCCCGAAGACUCCAGUCACGCUCUAGUGCAGAUUCGGGCCACGGGGCCAGGAGGUGAUGGAAUCCCAGCUGAGGUUCACAUCGUGAGGAAUGGAGGCACGAGUAUGAUGGUGGAGAACUCAGCAGUCUGUCUGACCCCACAUCUGGGCACCAUCCUCUCCCAUUCCCUGGCGAUGCUGGCCCUCCUUGGCUACUUGGAGCUCUGAUCCUGGCCUCCUGGUCCCCUCCCCACCCCAGCCCUGGACAACAGGACAGAUACCUCGGGAUAGAGCUAGCUGGCCCCUGGCACACUCUCCCGAUGCUAAGGACCGCAACACACUAUAUGUCCAAGAACGAUUGGUUUUAAACAGCGACUUUAAACAAUGCCCUUUUUCAUAGGAGGUAGGUAGGACAUUUCAUAUAUGACAGAAACUGAAACCCAAAGAAGGAUUUCUUCCCCUUUUAUAACCAGAAGGAAGCAGGCACAAAAUUCCAUGAUAAAAACUGAACUCAGUAUCCUCGUGACCCAUGAUCACUGGGGUUUGGGGAUGGAAAGAGCUAUGUGGACGUCAGGAUGGUUUUUUUUUUAAAUAAGUGUUCUUUGGACCAAUAGAAAUGGCAUCGUUUAGGGACUCUCCGUAUAUCUGGAUCUGGCUACCUUGGAGCAGAGGGGUUCAGGCAUGCUCAGACCCUUUGACCAAGAUGGAUCUAGGGCUGGAGAAAUGGACCCAGAGAGCCUGAUGCAAACAUUUCUCAGCCAAAGGAGGGGGACAGCAAUGGGGCCAAGGACUGCUAGCCCCCAGCUUGAUGGGGAGCAGGGGAAGAACUUGAUGUUGGCUUUGGUGUUUCCUCAUAUUUCUAAGCAGCUAAGAGAAAGGACUGCAAAUCCCCCGAUUCUAGGAACUGGAGGAUCCAAAGGGAGUUCCCGGUAAUGAGCGGGAGAGGGGUGCAGGAAGAUGACUUUCAAAGGUUACCACUGCUGGGAAGAAUGACCUCUGCCAAAAGACAACCCAAGAUCCAAAUGAAGCUGCCCCUGGAGUCAAGAGAACCCUAGCUGUCAUAUUCAAAAAUAGAUACAAGCAAACAGGAGGGGCUCAUGGGGAUUGCAUGCCUGAAGGGUUCUGUCUUGGUGAGGUGCCCACCCCAUGUCCUAUUCUAUGAGUGGGCAUGGGAACCUGACAAUUUUGUCUCAAUUUACCCCCUUCCCUUCCUCCCAGUAAACCCGAAGGCCCUUCCUUCCAAAUCUGUAGUUUUCUGUCCUGUGGGAUCCAUCUUUCCCUUUUCCUUUGCUGGACCCAGUGCUCUAGUUGGGAAAUUUGGGGCAAGAAAGCUCCCAGGAUUCUAGAGUCAGGAGCUUGACUGGUGGGUGCAAAGGACCUAUGCCAGGGGUAUUUUUAGUGGCCUCCCUCCUUCUCUCCACCUAAGCUUCAAAUUGUGUGUUGCCUCUGAGUGAGAUAAUGAUAAAAAGGGAGGGUCUAUCCUGAGCUCCAGGGAGGGCUAGGAAUAGGGGGGAAAGAGGGAAUAAUAGACUUCAGCCUAAUAAGUGGAAGAAGGGAAGGAGGUUUACCCCACUGGGUCUCAGUUUCCCCAUACAUAAUAACAGGAGUCCAAACUAGAUGACCUCUAAAGUGCCCAACUACAACAUGUUUUCAAAAGUCUGGUUAAUGGGCAACAGAGUAAUUGAGGGGAGUAAGUGGUUAGUACUUUUCCUGAAGCUCCCAGCAAGGGCCUAGCAAUUGCAUGGGCAAUUCAUGAGGACAUCCAUGUCUGUAAACCUUUAAUGUCCUCUGUCCCCACAGCUGUAGACCUGUUUUGAAGCCAGUCAUCCUUACCUACCUUCCCUCACUGAUUCCCCCAGCCCAGCCAUACCCACAGCUCCCUGAGCACCCUGAUACACAGGGUCUGGCAUUCUGGAGGGCACAGGCCCCACUAGGGCUCACUCACUCACUGGGGCCCAUUUUCCCUGAGGGUUUGUUUCUAUUCUGUAGUUAUUACAGUGAGAUUUCUAUUUUAGUAGCCUUUUUUAUAUAUUUUUAGCUUCCGCUCUAUUUUCAGGGCAGGUCUGUGUUUCUUCUGCUAAUGACAGCUUUGUUUUGGGGAACUCAGCCCCCUUCCUGCUCCUUGGGAGGCAGGCAGGAUUAGUGAAGAAUCUGAUGCCCCCCUCAUUGCCUCUUCACCUCACCUACCAACAUGAGAGGACCGUGGGCUUCAGUGCAAGUGGAAGGGAGGUGCAAGAAAUAUCUCUAUGGUUUGUCAACCAAGAGCAGGGCUAGCCAUCCCCUCUGAGCAGCUCCCCUGCUAAUGGUCUGGGGACUUUGGGCCAGUGGCUAAACCUCUCUGCACUUUUCAUCUCUCCCUUAGAAAAAGGAGCUGGAGGCAAGACUGCUUAAGGGCUAGAGAAAGCUUCAGGUAAGGGCUGCCUCACAUAUGAAGUCCAGGGUUCAUUUUACCCGCUCUCCUCACUGCCUGUAGGGACUGUGGCAUAAGAAGCCAGGGGGGAAACAGGGUCAGCCUACAGGGCUUGGGAAAAGGUGGACAGGGCUCUUAUGACCCAGGAAUCAACUGGGUUCUCAGGCUGAAGGCUGCAGUCCCAGGACCUUCUCCAGGCAAGGAGCUCUGCAAGCUGCCCCAAGCACUUCUGGGGCACAACUGUUACCUUGUGUGUGUACAUUAGAGGGCUAUAUCCUAGGAAAACCCCACCAUGUCUAAACCCCCAAACCAGGUGAGUCCCUAAGAUCCAGAUCCUUGCCUUCAGCAUCCCAUACUUCUAAAGGCUUGGGGAGCAAGAGGGAAAUUUGGGGAAAGUAUUUAAAUCAACAAAAGGCCAAGAAAAUAGUCUGGGAUGCUGAGGGACUACCAUGGACAGAUGCCGCUUGGGCCACUGCCUAAAUGUUUAAUGUUGCAACAGAUGGCCAAGGAAAGCUGUGGACUCAUCUAUUGGGGACCUUACAAACGGGAUGGCUUGUAUUGGAUAUUGCCAGAAGUCCAAGAGGAGUCUCUUCCUGCCCUUGGCGGGAGGGGGGAGGGGUUCUGAUUAUUUGCCCUCAGGGUCUCCCUUGGUCGUUUCCACCCAAGCUGUCUGAGAAGGGCAGACCUAAGGAGGAGUGGUGCCUCCCUGCUGCCUAUUAGCUCCCGUUGGUUCAGAUUUCUAUAACCCCCAACCCCAGUUCUCUUCCAGAUCAGAAACUUCCCUACCCCAAGUAUUUGCAGCCCGGGGAGAGACAAAAACAAUACAGGUGCUUUUGUUGUGGUUGUUUAAACCACCCGACUUGCAGUUUGCCUAUACAAGUGCCUUGUGGGAUGGGGAAAGGGAGCUUUUUUCUCUCUCCGAUCCCCCUAUCUCUUGCAAAGAGAGUGCUUGGGGAAGGGAGAGUGCCAUAGCAGUCGAUUUCAGCUGUAUACAUUUGGAGAAAGGUAGGUACCUUUCUGCCUCUGCUGGUUUCCUUGUUCCUUUAACAUUCCAGAUGUUACCCCCUCUCGUUGGGAGGGGAGGGGCAGCUCUCUCCAGGUGUGCAUUUAAGAAACUGGAGGGAAGAGAGAAGGACUUGUCCUGUUCUACCUUUCUGGUGACCUUCUGAAUCAGGGCUUCAAUGAUACCAAGAUGCACCAGUUAGUUGGGCUGUUUCUUGACUUCUACUGAGAUGAGGUUUGAGGUGGAGAGCAGUUACCAUAAUCUGCUUUCUUCAGUUCUACAAACUCAGGGGUGAGCUCCUAUGCUGAUCAAUUCUUCCAGCCAGCCAGCUGGGCUCUUUGGCAAAGAAACAGCAGGAGGGACCCAAGUUGGACAACAGGAGCAUUGCUGGACCCUGGAAUAAUGUCUGAGGAGAGAUAUGGAAUCUUCCUUCUCCAGAGACCUUUAGGAAAGGCAAGCCAUGGAUUAGCUCUGCCUAGAAGCAAGCAGAUGAUAUCCUCUCAGAUGGAGGAUCCAGUGAUUCCCAAGACUGAGGAUCCAGUGAUUUCUACAUCCAGAUCAUCUCCCUGGUUUGACACUGAACUUGAGCAGGCUGAGGCAGUCUUUUGAUUCCAUCAUCUCUUCCCCAGCUACAAGGAUUCUCCCCACCUCUCACCUCCCACUCUCUCCAUUGUCUCUUCUUUCUCUCCCUCCCUGCUCCUACUUUUGCCUUCCCCUUCAUGCUUGACUCCUCUGUAUCCUUUCCCCUUCCCCUUUUCACCAUCUCCCAAUCACCUUCCAUUUCUGUCCUCAUCUUCCCUUCACCCUUUUCCUUUCUUUUCUUUUUUUAAACUCUUACUUUCUGUCUUAGAAUAAAUACUGUGUAUUGACUCUAAGGCAGAAGAGUGGUAGGGGCUAGGCAAUGGGGGUUAAGUGACUUGCCCAGGGUCACCCAGCUAAGAACUGUCUGAAUCCAGAUUUGAACCCAAGACCUCCUGUCUCUGGGCCUGGCUCUCAAUCCACUGAGCCACCCAACUGCCCCCCUUCCCCUUUUCACCAUCUAAUCCCUCCCCCCAUUUCUAUCCUCAUCUCUCCUUCCCCGUUUUUUUACCAUCUCCCCAUUUCACCUUCCCCUGCUUUCCACCCUUUCUUCCCCAUUCUUGGUGGUCUCUUCCUCCCUCUGACAUCCAGGAUGUCAUUCUCAAGCCCAGGAUGCUCAUGGUGAUUCAUUAUCUGGCAGCAUCAUUUCCCAGUGAUGUCAACAUGGUGUUGCCAUUCUCUAACUUGGACCAGGUCCUGCCUCCCAUGUCAACCCUCCCUGGAUCACAGAGGAGGUCUUUUGUGGAGUUCCAUUCCCUAAUGGAACACAAGCACUGCAAGCCGAACUUUGGAAUUAUGGGUCUGGUUAGCCCAGUAUUUUGUUAGCAGCAGAGCCCCCCACCCCUACCCCCCAAGGGAGAACAGGGCUGUCUUCCCUGAUGUGGCCUUAAAGGGAAGGUCGACCUGUAGGAGCUCACUCACAUCUCCACACUUUGAAAACAGGGUCACUGUUACCUGGGAGGAAGUCUCAAGCACUUGUACAUACAGCAUCAUUAGAAAGAAGGGCUGUGCCUUUGUGUCCUUCCCUGACUAGACUGGAUACUACCUUUCUGUUCUGGAAGGAUCGAGGAGGUCGAAAUGAAUGGGGCUAAGAAUCUCUUACCAAGCCCUAGAUAGCCUGAAGGGGAGAGGAAGCAUUCCAACCCUAUUCUGGGAGGCUUCCUGCCUCAGCCCCCAGAUUCCAGGGACUCCCUGCCUGGACUGAACCCACUUUGAGCAGGGAAUACCCUAGACCGAGUUCUCUGCAGGCCAGGGGCAGCGAUUUCUUCUGGACUACUUAAUUGUACGCUCUGUUUCUGUUUCGGUGUCUUUCUCUGGUUGACUGUAAUGAGAGUUAUUUAUUGAUUCUGUUAGCAGACAGUUCUUAAAAUAAAGAUUGAUCCUCAA